UUACACAAGCUCGGCGUCUGGCCACCGGGCCCCCAGUGGCGCAAGCCGGCGAGUGGGUUGCCAGCACCCGUCCCGGCGUCACUGGACCGCCUAACCGCCAGAACCAGACAAGCUCAAGGCACUGAGAGGGUCUGACUCAAGCCAGCACGCGCUGCUCCGGGAUCCCCGGCGGGGAGGGGCCAGGAAAAGCCCCGCCCCACGCCCCGUUCCGCCAGGUGCGCGUGCGCCGCGGCCCCGCCCGCCCCCCGGCCUGGUUCUGCGCUGCUCGGCGGAGAGCGUCUUUUCCUCGCUCUCUGGCGGCUCGCACGCGCCCUCCUUCCCGACCUCGGGAGUCGCGCAGCUCCCGGCCCGGUCUCCUCCCCGACUGCCUGGCUGCGGGGCCAUGGCGUGGCGGCGGCGGCCCGAGGCCGGCGUCGGGGUCCGCAGCGCGCUGGCGCUGCUGGCGCUGGCUGUGUGCGCGCCCGGGGCCCGUGGGCGGGCGUUCGAGUGGUAUUCGGCCGUGGUGAGCACCGAGUACGUCGACCCGUACACGAACCGCACCGUAUGGAGCGUCUCGGAGAGCGGCCGCUUCGGCGACAGCUCGCCCAAGGAGGGCGCGCAGGGCCUGGUGGGCGUCCCGCGCGCGGCGGAUCGCGACCCCGAGGGCUGCGCGCCAGAUACCCGCUUCCUCGUGCCCGCGCCCGGCGGCCGUGGAGCCGCGCCCUGGGUCGCCCUGGUGGCGCGCGGUGGCUGCACCUUCAAGGACAAGGUGCUGGUGGCUGCACGGAGGAACGCCUCGGCCGUGGUCCUCUACAACGAGGAGAGCCACGGGAACCUCACCGUGCCCAUGUCCCACGCGGGAACAGGAAAUAUAGUGGUCAUUAUGGUUAGCUACCCAAAAGGAAGAGAAAUUUUGGAUCUGGUGCAGAAAGGCAUUGCAGUCAAAAUGACCAUAGGAGUUGGCACCCGUCAUGUGCAGGAGUUCAUCAGUGGUCAGUCUGUGGUAUUUGUGGCCAUUGCCUUUAUCACCAUGAUGAUUAUCUCGUUAGCCUGGCUGAUAUUUUACUAUAUACAGCGUUUCCUAUACACUGGCUCACAGUUUGGAAGUCAGAGUCAUAGAAAAGAAGCUAAGAAAAUUAUUGGCCAGCUUCCACUUCAUACUGUAAAGCAUGGAGAAAAGGGAGUCGACGUUGAUGCAGAAAACUGUGCGGUGUGUAUUGAGAAUUUUAAAGUGAAGGAUGUUAUCAGAAUUCUGCCAUGCAAGCAUAUUUUUCAUAGAAUAUGCAUUGACCCAUGGCUUUUGGAUCACCGCACGUGUCCAAUGUGUAAACUUGAUGUCAUCAAAGCCCUGGGAUAUUGGGGAGAGGUGGAGGAUGUGCAGGAGAUGCCCGCUCCAGAAUCUACCCCUGGGAGUGUUUUGGCUGCAAAUUUGAGUAUUACUCUACAAGAGGAGGACAGAAGUGACGGGAACAAUUUACCGUCCUCUUCCACUAGUGAGUCUGCACUGCAGUGUGAUGCCGGCUUUAAAGAAGAUGCAGGUGAAGACACAGCCUUACUAGAAAUGGGCAGGAGCGACCUUGAACAUGGAAGGCCCAUCUCCUAGCACACAUCCUGGUGACCGCGUCAUGGACAGAGCAUUGACUUCAAUUAAAGGACUUUUUUUUUUUUUACUUCAGCACAUAGUUUGUAUAUUUGAAAAUAAUGUACAUUCUUUUACCUUUCAGGUUCUGAUUUGAUACACAAAGGGCUAAGAUAUUUUAUUCUUAAAGAGAUGUUUUGAUUAGUCUUAAUAUAUUUAUCUACUAAAAUAUAUCAUUUACGAUAAACAGUAUGUUGUUUUGGACUAUUACAGAGGAGACCACUAGGAAGGCCCUUUAAAGGGGGUAGCAGGGGGAGGUUUUUCUGAAUACUACUAGACUAGCUACCACGGUACUAUACAAAUGGGAUUUUGUUUCUCAAGGAUGGCUUUAGACUGAGCAACUGAAUUUAGACUAGUGGGAAGUGGAAUUGUAUAAUUCACUUCAGUUAUUGAUCACGAGUUUUCCUUGGAGGAAAGGCUUUUCUAGAACAUUAAACUUAUAAAUGAGAUCUGAGAAAUCUACAGCUUUCUCAAACCUCCGUGUUAUUAUAUAGACUUUGAAACCUACGAACACCUUUUCAUUGUUCUCUCUUUGGAAUUAUAGGAAAAGCGUUAGAUGACUUUAGGAUUUGCAUUUUCCCUUUUUAAUCCCUAAUUGCUUGUGAUACCUUAAAGGAGAGGGAAAUGUGUCCAUUUUUUCUACGAAUGAAAAGCUAAGAUCCUUCAUCACACAUGAGCAGUAAGUUCUUCAUUGCCUUAAGAAAAUCGAGCAGGCAGAGUUUUUUGUAAAUGAUGACUGUAUUAGUUCCAACUACAAUUUAAUCUUUACAAUUAAAAGGAUGGAGAACUUUGUUUCUGUUACAAAGUAAGCAGUUUUCUUGAUUGAUUUAAAGAUCAUGAUCUUGUGUAAUCAUCUAUCCUUUUUAAUCUUGGCUGUUCUCACUUGUAGGUUGAAAGCGGCAGGUGAAUGUAAAGCUUUUGGAGACUGCACUCUUAAAUUUUAUAAAAUUAUUAAGUAAAAACACACACUUUCUGCUCUCCUCUCCCUUCUUGGAGGUGGAAGUUGAGGAGGAUGAGGGAGAGUUAUUUUUUUAAAACUUGAAACUGUUGUCCUUUGUUGCUUCUAAGCUAGUUGUGUGUAUCUUUAUUUUGUGAGUAAAAAUAAAGGUCUGUUUGGAGUUUUAAAAAAUGUAAGGAAUUCAUUCUUAACAGCUGCAUCUAAGUUUUGUAUGGCUCUGUUUUCUUUUUUUUCCUUCAAACUAUUUGUUGCCUUUGGAUUUUAGCCACUCAUAGUGAAACAUUUGGUGAGUAAACAGUUUUGCUGGUGUAAAUUCUGUGGCCAGAUUCAACUUGAGGAGCUACUGAAGUAGAAAAGUUGACUGACUUUGAGCUCUCACUGACAGCCUCAAAGUAGGUUUCCAUAAUAGCCAUUAUCUUUGUGGUUCAUUGCCAAUAGGAAAGUAUGUCCUUGAUUCUGUACGAAGUAGGUUUUUUGCUGUUUGUAUUUUAAGAUACAUACUUGGGAGACAUGCUUUAAUUAAUAAUUCUUUCCAGUAUCCAAUGAAGCAGACUUUUAAAAAGAAUACCAUGACAGAUCAAGCUAAAUUGUUUGAUAAUUACAGAAGUAUGAUUUCUUCAUUAGCAGCUAUCAGAUACAGCUUUCCAUAAUUCAAACGUUUGAACACUAAACUGCAAAUUCAGGAGAUGGGAAGAACUGUAGUGGUCUGGUCUCAUCUGCAGAAACAUGUCUUUAAAAAUAAUUUUUUUUGUUUAUUUUUGAGAGAGAGGCAGAGCAUGAAUGGGGGAGGGGCAGAGAGAGGGAGACACAGAAUCUGAAGCAGGUUCAAGGCUCUGAGCUAUCAGCAGCUCAAACCCACAGAGCAGUGAGAUUCUGACCUGAGCCAAAGUCACUUAACCGACUGAGCCACUCAGGCACCCCUGGAAACAUGUCUUUAAUACCAGAGAAAGGAAUUACCAAGAAAAAAUAGAGAACUGCAACACUUUGAAAGCUUCCUUUUAUAGGCUUUUUUUUAGAUAUAAAUAUGAUAGAAAAGGGUCAAAUAUUAGCAGAAUGUUUGCUGAGACAUGAAAUUGAUAAAAUGCUACUCGGAAUAUGGGAAUGUAAUCAAGAAAGGGUAAACCAGAGAGAUUUGGUUUAAGGUUAGUCAUAUUAUUUAUGGCAGUAAUCAUGUUCCCUCUAACAAUUGUCAUAAAAGCCAUUUGUUCACAAAUACUGUAGAAACAGUUUUUUGUUUUUUUUUUUUAACUUUGAAAGUCCCAGGCAGCAUGUGAAAGAAGCAGUUUGACCAUGAACGUGAAGCACUGUUGUCAGCCGCCUGCCCAGGUGCUACCUCUGGGUUUCCCGCUAGAACACCACAAAGGGCAGGAGGAGAUGUGCAAAAACAGGGCACCUUGGACAGAUACCCUUAAAAUGCUAAAGUGCUGCCCUUCAAAAUAUUAUUUAAAAUAAGCACGUGAGCCAUCGCUUUCCAUGAGAAUCAUUACAAGAUACAUUAAGUAGUGGUACACACCACUUAAAAUUGUGGGAAAGUGUGUACUCUGUAAGAAAGGUGAUUUGAAGAUACUACAACUAGAAACCGGAACUAGAAAACCCAGAGAAUUCAAGAUACAUUGUUUUUAACAUGGCAGUCAAUUGAACUACACUUAAAAGUUGAUUACAGUUACUGAAUCCCAGGACUAUAGUUGAUUUCAGGUGUUUCUCCAGUGUCCAAGGUCUUCAACAAUCGGAAAAGGCCAGCA